AUGGAAGAAGAUAUAAUAUUAGAAGCAGCGCCUGAAUACUCUUCAUCAUCUUUACGGAGAAAAUCUUUUCAAAAACAGAAUAAUUCAUCACCUGUCUUAGCAGAAAACAACGAUGAGGUUGAAAGAUUGGUCAGACGUUGUGAAAUGAAUGUUUCUGGAGGGACAAUAGAAAAUGCAAGUACAAAUAAUAAAAGAAGAUCUUUGGGACUUGGUUUCUUAGGUCAAAAGUCACUACUUGAAAUAAAGGAUCUUAUAAGUGAAUGUAUAAAACUUAAUACUGAAAACAAGAUUAGUAUGAAAAAUGCAUUUAGUCUCGAAAUAAUUAACUUGAUGUCCUAUAUGAUAAAGAAACAGGACAGCAAUAUGUCUAAUCUUCAAACAGCCAGUACGUCUUUAGAUGUAAGUACAAAAAUUUAUGGUUUUCGUGUAGAUGGAAUCCAUGCAGAAAUAAUGAAAAUGGCUGGUGGGUUAGAUAAAGAAAAUAAUGAAAGUGCAAUUGGUGAUGUAAAUGAACAUGUAAAUAUUAAACCAGAAGAUCAAGUGUAUGAUACACAGAGAAAUAAAAAAAAGGAAAGAAAAAGAAGCAAGCAGAAAAUUUUCAGUACCAUAGAUAAUUUGAAAGGAACUGUAGAGAUUAUAAAACCUUCAUUAUGGAUAAUGGAAAAUGAAGAUGCACAAACGACAGAUGCAUUAUAUCAAGUAAUAUUACCAAAUCAUGCAAAUUCUAAGUAUUAUUUACACUUUUACAAUGAUGUUAUUGUAGAUACUAUACAAUAUGAUUUAAAUGAUAAAAGUACAAAAGUAAAUAUUCCACAAAUAGAAAAUAUUUCUAAAUUAGAGAUAUGUCCACCUUUGACUAAUUUUGAAUUUCAAAAUUGGAUUAGUGAUAAUGAGAAUGAUGCAGAUAAAAAUACAGAAUCAGAAAAAAAGGGAAACGAAUUUCAGUUUGAUUUGGAUGCUAGUUUACCAGCUGAAGAUGAAGUUAUCCAAAAUGACAUGAAUUAUUUUGAUAUUCAGGAUACAAUGGAGAACGUAGAUAGAUGUAUUGAGGCACAAAAACCAACAGAAAAUGUUGUGGACUUGUGUAAAUUUAUAUCUGAUACCGAUAAGCACAAAACAUCUGAGUACUCUUUUAUUCAGAAAAAUUGCAGCCUACAUUUGGCUGGUUCAUCCCAUUGGGAAAUAAAUAAUUUUAAAAAAUGUGAAAGGAGGAAAAAUGUAGCAUCUUGUCCACAGAAGCCAACUAAAAAAAGAAAAGAAAUAGAAAUAUGUUAUGAUGACAAAAUAAAGAAAGCAGUAGCAGCAAAAUUUUCAAAAAGUAAAGCAACAAUGUUUGAUGCUACUAAAUUAUAUUGGAAUGAAGACAAACUCAUAAUGAAACAAAAUAUUGAUUAUAAUAUUACAAAUGCAGCUAAGUUAUAUUUUCAUAAGUCGAUAAAUAUAAACAUCAGUCAGAAGGAUCAGUUAAAUGUUACCCAUAUAUCUGAUAUUGAGGAUUAUAAUUAUAAUAAUGAAAAUGAUACAUCAAACUAUUGUCCUUAUGUUCCUAUUGAAGAUUAUGGAUCAAGUGAAGACAAUGAUAUCGAACAUAAUUUUGAAAUUAAAGAUAAUGAAAUGAUUUUUAUUGGAGACAAUUUAGUAACUGUUCCUAAAUUAACGAAUAAAAUAUGUAUUGCAUAUAGUACACGUGCAAAAAAAAUUGAUAUGCGACAAUUAAAAAAUUCUAUUUGGAAGAUUCUAACUGUGAAUAAUAAUAGAGAAAAUAUACAUAUAGAAAAUACAGAAAGUACAGAAAAUAAAGAAAAAGAAAAUAAGAUAAAGGAAGAUAAAUAUUUUAGUGAAAUUUAUAAAACAUUACCGAAUAUAGUAACAAAAACUAAUAUAGAAGUUCUAAGUUUUCCAAUUUCUUUUGUAUCCUUAUUACAUUUAGCAAAUGAAAAGACGUUAAAAAUACAAUCUUUUCCAGAUAUGUCUGAUCUUAUUAUAGAAGCAAAUUAA